UUAUUGGGUAACUACCAAAGAAGAAGACCACACGUAAGCUACCCAUGAAGCUAACCUGGAACUACCUUGGCUAACAAGUGUCCAAAUUUGUUGACUUAUGUCAGAAUAUGUGUGUACAUUGUACAUUUUCUGAUGGCGCACUGUACAGUAUAGUAUAGGCGCUGUCUUUAUUUAACAUGAUUGGUGGCAUGAAAUAUCUGAGGUAAACGUAAAUCAACAGUUUACGCAUGGUUUCAAUACUGUGAAGAGAGGAUUGAGCGGUUAGCAACUAAGAAUAUUUGCUGUAGCGACCCAUUGAUUUCACGUCACUAAGUUCUCCGUACUCGCCAUGAGUGCCUCCGUCUUCUUCACCCCUGCCAAAGACGAUCAGAUAUGGAUAGGUGGAAGACAAAGAGGAGAUGGGGAGGAAGACCGUAGCGCUUUGGCUCUCACUGGUGACGAGGCCAGAAACUUCUACCGAAGCCUUCUUGCGGAAAAAGAGCAGGGCCAGGAAACAAGAGGAGAACACUCAGGCAAAAGAGGCAAGAAAAACAAGGGAUUAGGAGAGCAGAGGCAGAGAGUUGGUCCACAUCACAUUAGAGGUGAGGAAAGAAGAGGAGAAACAGCAGAAGCAGGAGGUAGCGGUCGUGGGGGAGGAGCGAGAAGAGGAGGUGACGAAGGGGGACGAAGGCCGCAACCGCCCCAAGGCUCCAGCAGUGAGAAAGAUGGACACAGGCUCCUUCGUGUCGCACAGGAAGGGGACCUCGCCACCUUGCGCAAGCUUCUCAAGGGCCCGCAGGUGGAUGUGAACUUCCACGACGGGUUCUACUGGACUGCGGUGAUGUGCGCCAGCCAUGCGGGCCGGGCGGAGGCCGUGCGGCUGCUGCUGGACCAUGGGGCCUCUUGGGUGGGGAUGGUGGACACGCAGGGGCGGGACGCACGCGACCUGGCCGAGCAGGCCGGCCACAACGAUGUGAUGAGAGUGCUGGACAGACACGGAGCCGGCACGGCAGGGUCGGGCAAUGGCGAGAGGCCAGCGGGAACCAGCGCUCAGCAGACCCCCCAGUGGUGCUCGGUGUGCGAGAGCCUCUACAGCGGGUCGGAGGCACGGCACCAGAGCUCCACACUGCACCAGUUCAACCGCGGCCGCCUUAGCCAGCCGGCAGCCCCGCACUACUGCCUACCCCCGUCCAGCGCCAGCUACCGCAUGAUGCUCCGCAGUGGCUGGAACCCUGGAGCCGGCCUGGGGCCAGAGGGACAGGGACCAAGACAGCCAGUCCGCACCAUACUGAAACGGGACCAGGCCGGAUUGGGGUACGGACCAACCCCUCGCCCCAAGGUGACACACUUUCAGCCAAAGGACGCUCAGGCAGUGGAGCGGCCAACUAAGUCGACGGAAAGACGAGAGAAGGGGACAACGCUCAACGCCAAAGCCCAGAGGAGGAGAGAGGAGAGGCAGCGGGGCUGGGAGAGAGACUUCCGGACUUCAUUUAAUAUUGACUUGUGACUAGGGGUGUGUUACGAGCAAGCAGCCAGGUAACUCAUGCCGAGAAAAUCAAAAUGGACUUCAACAGACUGCAUUUGAGAAUGAGUCAGCCAAUGAAUAGACCUGUGAUGAGAUGAACACAAUACAGUUGGAGAAAUACCUUUUGAUUAAUAUAGGGUUUAUAUAGUGAGUGUAUAGUUUUGUGAAAUAUACUGACUUUGAUAAAAUUUUGUGGUUGUUUGCUUAUUUACAAAUUAUAUUAUUAUCAAUAGAGAUGAAUUACCAAAAUAUAUUCUGUAAACUCUCCACUGAGGGCAUGUUGAGGCAAUGAAAGUUCAAGGGUGCAGUAUGCACAUCCAAAGAGUUGAGUACAGGAAAGCACAAGCAUGUAAAAUAAUGUUGAGUCCGCACACCAGAAUCUGCUCCUUAGCGUUUUUUUUUUAUUGGUAGGCUAUAUCACCACAUGUGACGUUUCGGGCCCCAGCCCUUCAUCAGACAUGAAAUAAGUGGGGAGACACACCUCCAUAUAUACAUCCAUGAUCCAAUCACGUUAAAGUGCAAUUCCAUCAUGAAAGGACAGAUAUAAAUACAGAGCUAGUAAGGAAUACCACUAAGGUGUGUUACAACAGUUCAAAUCAACGUCUUCAUUCAACCCUUUUGGAGCUAAAGUGUCGAGGGUGUAGAUCCAAAAUGCUUCUCUCUUAAGUAACAGACAAUUAACAUUUUCUCCACGGAAGGGCUGUUUAACCAGUUCAAUGCCACAAUAUCUGAGAGUGGAUACAUUGUGAGAGGCUUGUGUGAAGUGCAUCGCUACUGGGCUUUUGGUGUCAUGGUUGCGAAUAUUUGAUCUGUGUUCUGAGAUUCUUGUUUUCAGUGGUCUAGUCGUUUUACCAACGUAGGCCAAGCCGCACUGGCACUUAAGCAAAUAGAUUACGUUCUUGGUGUUGCAGGUGAUCCCACCUUUGAUGUCAUAAGGUUUUCCUGUGCGUGGGUGAUUAAAGAUGCUGGUUUUAUAUGUGAAGUUGCAUCUGUAAUUCCCAAAAGGAAUAGUCAUAAAUAAAAAUGUGGUGGAGUCAAUGGUGGGAGUUCUCACCAACAUGUU